AUGGUAGCCCCUUCACAGCCACCACCAGAGGUCCUCAGCGUGAAGCCCGUCGUCCCUCCACACGUAUUAGAAUCAUUACUCAGCUACAAAAGCAAGGCCCUGAUCAGCCGAGUGCCCUUAUCCAAGGAGGCCCUAAGGAGGAUAUCUUUCGAGGCUGAGGCGUUGUCGGCUAAGCUGGCCAGUGAGGCUUUGGCCAGCAGUAGAAAACGAAGGGAGGCAACUAUAGCUGAUCACGACAGCGAG